UCCUCUACUUUGUUGCAGGGGGUGAGAAGUAACGUAGACAUCUUUACGCUGAUAUUCUCUACUUGGAAUUUUAAGCGAAAUUUGGAUUGAUUGUGGUUUAACCUGUGAUGCCAUCGCCGUCUGGGAGAGAAGACGAACCAUCCGAGGAUCAAGAAAUGGCCACAGAAGAAGCAGAAGACGAGUCAUUAGGAGGGUCAGCGGAUGAUGAUGAGGGAGAGGAAGAAUUAGCGAGCGGGGGAGCAAACCCGGCGAGAGGAGGCGGGGCCGACAGCGCGGAGUCCGACGGGACCUCCAGUAAGGCACCCCCUACCCCCGCAGAAGGUGACGACGGCGACGCCCCCGAAGCACCCCCCGACGACGAGGAAGAGGAGGAGGAAGAACCCCCGGAGACGCCCCCGUCGAGACCCAAAAAGGCGAAGGGAAAAAAGCGAAAGGCCAAGGGCGGGGACUCCGAGCGCAAGAAAGGGAAGAAGAAGAAGAAGAAACAGAGGCCUGCCUCCGAGGACGAUGACUGGUCUACCCAACAGCAGGUGUCGUUAAGGAAAAAGGGUACCCCCCAAAGAUUAUACACAGACAGCGACAGUCAGCUGCUGGGCGGAGCGUCGGACAACGACAGCGACUACGUGUCGGACAGGAAGAGCAGCAAGAAGCCGAGAGUGGAGAAGGCGUCGCCAACUGUGGCCGCGGCGCCGGAACCAGAACAGGAGAAGCACAAGAGCUCGACGGAAGUGUGCCAAGAGCUGGGACUCCAGGACGUACCCAUGGAGUACUCGGACACGGACUAUCAGAACCUGACGAGCUACAAGCUGUUCUCGCAGCACGUGAGGCCCCUGGUGACGCGGGCCAACCCCAAGAUCGCCAUGGCCAAGAUUGUGCUGCUCAUUUCGGCCAAGUGGCACGAGUUCUUGCGCGACCACCCCAACGCGGAGGGCCUGCUGGACGAGGACGAUCGCCCGGUGAGACCCUCGCGCUCUGGAACGUCCACGCCUGCUUCUGUCGCAACUCCGAAAGAUGAUGGUGAGCGUUCCAGCAGAAGCAAGACAAAAAAGAAGAAGUCUGUGCCUCUGCUUAAAAUCAAGCUGGGUGGCAUUGGAAAGAGAAAAAAGCAGAGCUCGGAAGAAGAGAACAGCGCGAGCGACCAGAGCGACGCAGACUUUGAGGCAGCCCUGGAAGAGGCGCAGAAUAUGACUCCUCCCCCGAAGAGCGACAAGAGCAAGAAAGGUCGCGGAAAAAAGGCGAAGAAGAAGAAGAAGACGAAGACCACCGCCAGCUUUCCCGGAUCUGACGCGGAGAACGAUGGCUACGAGACCGACCACCAGGACUACUGUGAAGUGUGCCAGCAAGGGGGUGAAAUCAUAUUGUGCGACACGUGUCCGCGUGCCUACCAUCUGGUUUGUCUGGAACCAGAGCUGGAAGAACCCCCGGAGGGCAAGUGGAGCUGUCCGCACUGCGAAGGCGAAGGCAUCCAGGAGCAGGAGGAGGACGAACACAUGGAGUUCUGCAGGGUGUGUAAAGACGGUGGCGAGUUGUUGUGUUGUGACAGUUGUCCUGCGGCCUUCCACACCUUUUGUCUGAAUCCCCCUCUGAAAAACGUGCCCACCGGAAAGUGGAACUGUCCACGCUGCUCGGUGGAGCCGUUGAAAGGAAGGGUACACAGAAUCCUGUUCUGGCGCUGGGCCGAUGUGGGUCGCGGGGACGAAAGCGGCGAGAACAGCGCCAAGAAGGAGGAAGGCGGCAAGGCCGAGGACGGUGCAUCAACCUCAACUUCCAUGGCGGCCGCGCAGCCGUCUACCAGCAAGAAGCUGCAGCCGAAGCCGCAGCGGGAGUUCUUUGUCAAGUGGCACGACAUGUCCUACUGGCACUGCUCGUGGAUCUCUGAAAACCAGCUUGACGUCUAUCAUCCUGGUCUCUUCCGCAACUACUGCCGCAAGAACGACAUGGACGAUCCUCCGCAGCCAGACGACGGCAGCUCUUUAAAUGGCAGCGGUGACAAGCAGAUAAGAGAAGAGAAGCAUGGGAACAAGAAGAACUAUCAGAACCUCGAGGAGAAAUAUUAUCGCUACGGCAUUCGUCCCGAGUGGUUGCAAGUGCACCGCGUCAUCAAUCAUCAGGCCAUGCGGGACGGCUCGACGCGGUACCUAGUCAAGUGGCGCGAGCUGCCGUACGACCAGGCGUCCUGGGAGGUCGGAGACGACUCCGGCGAGUUUGAGAUCCCAGAUCUCCAGAAGGCCAUCCAGGAAUACUGGGACCUGAGGGCUUCCGUCGAAGCUGCUGCCGACGCUGGGCAGGGAUCUUCGAAGAAAUCUGCUGGCAAGAGUAAGUCUAAGAGCCGGAAGUCUAGAGAUCUGCGGGACGAUGACUCGGGUGGGCGCGGCAGAGGUACGCCUCCCCUCCACCAGGUGGAUCCCAAGAAGAAGUACGAGUGCCAGCCGCCUUUUGUGGUGGAGAACGACAAUGAGCUGCAUCCGUACCAGCUGGAAGGAGUCAACUGGCUACGCUUCUCCUGGGCCCACCACACGGACACCAUCUUGGCGGACGAGAUGGGGCUCGGCAAAACCAUCCAGACGAUCGUGUUUCUCUACUCGCUCUUCAAGGAGGGUCACUGUCGUGGGCCGUUCCUUGUGAGCGCUCCCCUAUCGACGAUCAUCAACUGGGAGCGAGAGUUUGAAGUCUGGGCACCAGACUUUUACGUGGUCACCUACAUAGGAGACAAGGACAGUCGAGCUGUUAUCCGCGAGCACGAGUUCAGUUUUGACGAGAAGGCAGUGCGCAACCCCAAUAAGGCCUGCCGUAUCAAGAAGGAUGCCUCGGUGAAAUUCCACGUGCUCCUAACGUCCUACGAAUUGGUCUGCAUUGACGCUACCAUCCUUGGGUCUGUAGACUGGCAAGUGCUAGUUGUGGACGAAGCCCAUCGCCUCAAGAACAAUCAGUCAAAGUUCUUCAAAGUGCUCAACAACUACAAGAUCAACUACAAGCUACUACUCACGGGUACACCACUGCAGAAUAACCUGGAGGAAUUGUUCCACCUUCUAAAUUUCCUCAGUCCGCAAAAUUUCAAUGAUCUCCAGGGAUUCUUGAACGAGUUUGCCGACGUUUCCAAAGAGGAGCAAGUCAAAAAAUUGCACGACUUGCUCGGCUGCCAUCUUCUACGUCGACUCAAAGCAGACGUACUCAAGAACAUGCCUUCAAAGAGCGAAUUCAUCAUUCGAGUCGAUCUCACGCCCCUGCAAAAGAAAUACUACAAGUACAUCCUCACUCGAAACUACGAAGCCCUCAACGCAAAGGGAGGAAGUCAGUCGGUAUCGCUUCUCAACAUCAUGAUGGACCUGAAGAAGUGCUGCAACCACCCGUAUCUUUUCCCAGCUGCCUCGCAGGAGGCGCCACGAUUCGCUAACGGAGCCUACGAAGGCUCCGGCCUGGUCAAGGCGUGCGGCAAGCUGAUUCUCCUGCAGAAGAUGCUGCGCAUGCUCAAGGAGACCGGACACAGAGUGCUGAUUUUCUCGCAGAUGACGAAAAUGUUGGACAUCAUGGAGGACUUUUUAGAAGCAGAAGGCUACAAGUACGAGCGUAUCGACGGUGGCAUUACGGGCAGCCAGCGCCAAGAAGCCAUUGAUCGUUUCAACGCCCCUGGAGCUCCUCAGUUCUGUUUCUUGUUGUCAACGAGGGCCGGUGGCCUGGGCAUCAAUCUUGCAACGGCGGACACGGUCAUCAUCUAUGACUCGGACUGGAACCCACACAACGACAUCCAGGCAUUCAGCAGAGCACAUCGAAUAGGGCAGGCCAACAAGGUUAUGAUCUACCGGUUUGUGACACGGGCUUCCGUGGAAGAGCGUAUCACACAGGUGGCUAAGAAGAAAAUGAUGCUGACCCACCUGGUGGUGCGACCUGGAAUGGGCAGCCGUUCAAACACAAUGUCCAAGCAGGAGUUGGACGACAUCCUGCGUUUUGGCACUGAGGAGCUUUUCAAGGACGAUGAAAACAAAGAUGACACAAUUCAUUACGACGACAAGGCAAUAUCUGAGCUGCUGGAUCGUACCAAGGAAGGCAUAGAGCAGAAAGAGCUCUGGGCCAACGAGUAUCUGGGCUCUUUCAAGGUGGCGGCGUACGUCACCAAGGAAGUGGAAGAGGAAGAGCCAGAGACGGAGAUCCUAAAGCAAGAAGUAGAAUCAGCUGAUCCAGCAUAUUGGGAAAAACUGUUGAGGCACCAUUAUGAGCAGCAGCAAGAAGACCUCGCACGCAGCCUGGGCAAAGGCAAACGGGUUCGGAAACAAGUCAACUACACCGAUGCUAUGGGGCCCCAGGACGACUCCACCUGGCAGGACAAUCUCUCUGACUACAACUCUGACUUCUCCGUACCCUCGGAUGAUAAAGAGGACGACGACGACUUUGAAGAGAAAAAUGAUGGGUCCCUGGGGGAGAAGUCUCGGAACCGCAAAGGGCGCGGAGGUAGCGAGAAAGACCGCCCGUUGCCACCCUUAUUGGCUCGUGUUGGUGGGAACAUAGAAGUUCUUGGAUUUAAUGCUAGGCAGAGGAAGGCCUUCUUGAAUGCUAUUAUGAGAUAUGGCAUGCCUCCACAGGAUGCUUUUAACUCCCAGUGGCUGGUGAGAGACCUUCGCGGCAAGUCUGAAAAGAACUUCAAAGCUUAUGUGUCGCUGUUUAUGAGGCACCUCUGUGAACCCGGUGCUGACAACUCUGAAACGUUCGCGGAUGGUGUGCCACGUGAGGGCCUGAGCCGCCAACAUGUGCUUACGCGUAUCGGAGUCAUGAGCCUCAUCCGCAAGAAGGUUCAAGAGUUUGAGCACAUCAAUGGCAGCUACAGCAUCUCCCCGGAGGAACUGGGGCUCGACAAGAAGACGUUGACGGCAGAGGGGUUGGCGGAGGCAGAUUCUACGGCUGAGGAUGGCGUAAGAAAAGCUGAGAAGCCGGAAGAAGCCAAGCCACUGGACGCUACCAAGCCAAAGGACGAUGGGAAGCAGGAGUUUGGUGCCAGCAGUUUGAGGCGCUUGCUAAUGCCUAACCAUGGUGUGAUUCCCCAGGCCGAUGUGGCACCCACACAGGGGGAGAAGCCGGCCGAAGGGGGGGAAGUCCCCAAGGCAGAGCCGAAGCCAGACGAGGCGCCGGAAUCGACGUCCGCCGAGAAGCCGCCAGAAGAGGGCGCUAAAGACGCCCAAGAGAAGAAGGGUGAGGAUCCGGCAUCGACCGCGAAGGAAGAAGCAGCUGCCGACGUAAAGAAGGAGCAAGCCGAAGAGGCUCCAUCCGAAUCUGCCUCGACGUCGAAGGCCAAGCCGGAGGAAGAUGAGGCGAAGAAGCCAGCAGAGGAGGGAGAGAAGAAGGAAGAGAAGCCCAAGCGCAAGUUCAUGUUCAACAUUGCGGACGGAGGCUUUACAGAGCUACACACGCUGUGGCAAAAUGAAGAGCGGGCUGCUGUGCCCGGCAGAGAGUACGAGAUCUGGCACCGACGUCAUGACUACUGGCUUCUGGCUGGCAUUGUCAAACACGGCUACGGUAGGUGGCAGGACAUACAGAAUGACCAAGCAUUCUGCAUCAUCAACGAGCCAUUCAAGAUGGACGUGGGCAAGGGCAACUUUCUGGAAAUCAAGAACAAGUUCCUGGCCAGGAGGUUUAAGCUCUUGGAGCAGGCCCUAGUGAUUGAAGAACAGUUGCGACGGGCUGCCUACCUCAACCUCACUCAGGACCCCAACCACCCAGCAAUGGCGCUCAACACAAGGUUUGCAGAGCUGGAGUGCCUUGCAGAGUCGCACCAGCACUUGUCGAAAGAGUCCCUGGCAGGAAACAAGCCGGCAAAUGCUGUCCUCCACAAGGUGCUGAACCAGCUGGAAGAGUUGCUGAGCGACAUGAAGUCCGACGUCAGCCGACUGCCGGCCACCCUGGCCCGCAUACCCCCCGUGGCGCAGCGGCUGCAGAUGUCGGAACGGGGCAUCCUCUCUCGACUCACGGGGCAGCCUCAGGGAGGGGCGCUGGGCGGCCCCGGGUCGGCCAUGGCCCUCGCGGGUCAAGGGGGCGUACCCCCAGCUUUCUCAGGCCAGUCCCCUUUGGCACAGGCUGCAGGUUUUCCGGGCGGGUCGGCGCAGCAGCUAAUGCCCGGGAAUUUUCCUCCCCCGUUCCGGGGUCAGUACCAGUCGACACCGCUGAUGUCUCAUUCUGGGAUGCAGGAAUAAGUGUGAUCUCUAGGCUGAAAAGGACCAUGUACAGAUGCAAGCGCUGGGAAAAUCAAAGGAAGACACCUUUCGUUUUUUCACUGCUGUAAUAAGAUGUCGUCAUUGAAUCUGACGAUCAUUGUUUCAUCCUUUCUUUUUUUUUUUUUUUCUUUCUCCUGCAAGACAUGUCCUCCCGACAAAAAAAAUGUGAUACCGUUGUCAUGGGUUCGCAACGUUUGUGAGGGUACGGCCAUAGCAAGCAUGCACGGGAAUAGUUCUGCUUUCGCGACAGUAUCAGAUUGUGAUAUGGGAUUGUCUUGCCACCCUUGUGCAAACUAUUAAUGCUGGUUUUGGGCUGCAAUUUGCAUGUCUCAGCUUUGGCUGCCAUGCUUCUUCACAAAGAACUUGAAACCAGUGUGCCAAUUCCAAAAAAAAAAUUCGUUACUUUUGUGCAGUUUUGUUCUCGUAAAAACGUAUUUUCUUUGUGGAUUCUCAACGUGUAAUUUGUAAUGUAUUUAUACUUCAGACUCGCAAUUAAAGCAUCAUGUUGUAUAGUAAUAUUA